AUGGACGACGUCACACUGAAACUUUUACCAGAAUGGAGCUUCGUGGCAGGAGCUCAUGCUACCUCGUGGCCAGUCGCGGAAAGCCUACUCGCAGGAUGGAAGCGUGAGGCAGCUGGCAUAUCCGACCUUGCCUACUCCGUCCUUGCUCCAUACACCUGGGCACAAGACGGAUCCAUGCUUCAUAGCGAGUCGGUAGGAAUGCCGGCGGUGGAAAGUAGGAUGGUGGGUGUUUGGGAGCUGGUAUUCGGUUCAUGUAUCCAUGUAGUGUCGCGUGGCCAGCACGUCGUACCUGUUGGCGUCUUCGAGCGCUGGCGGAAUUGGGAGGUUGAUAGCUGGGUUACAUUGAACUCGCGCUCUUGCCCGAAGACUUGGCCCGUCGGGCCGCACUGCUCGGGAUUGGAUCAAAUGGCCUGGAUCCAUUGA